AUGCAUGCACAUUUGGCCAAUUCCAUCAAGAUCCUAGCUGGUAACUCCCACGUGGACAUUUGUGAAAAAAUAGCGGCAAGGUUAGGCAUACCAAUAGCCAGUGUAGGAGCAUUUCAAUAUACAAAUACCGAGACAGCAGUAGCAAUUGGAGAGUCAUUACGUGAUGAAGAUGUUUACAUAAUACAAACUGGAUGUGGAGAAAUAAAUGAUUUCUUAAUGGAGCUACUCUUUAUGAUCAAUGCUUGUAAAACAGCCAGUUCAAGAAGAAUCACUGCUGUGAUACCAAAUUUCCCUUAUGCAAGACAAGAUAAAAAGGAUAGGUCAAGAGCACCAAUAACUGCGAAAUUAGUUGCUAAUUUACUACAAACUGCGGGUUGUGAUCAUUUAAUCACAAUGGAUUUGCAUGCUAGCCAAAUACAAGGAUUUUUCCGGGUCCCCGUUGAUAAUUUAUAUGCUGAACCUAGUGUAUUGAGGUAUAUUACGGAAAACUACGAGCGAGAUGAUAUAUUGAUGGUGAGCCCCGAUGCAGGCGGAGCCAAAAGAGUAGCUAGUCUAGCCGAUAAAUUGGAUGUGCAGUUUGCAUUGAUCCACAAGGAAAGACAAAAGGCGAACGAAAUUUCAAGGAUGGUUUUAGUUGGUGAUGUUCUGGAUAAGAUAUGUAUACUAGUAGAUGAUAUUGCCGACACUUGUGGCACAUUAUGCAAAGCAGCAGAUCUACUACUUGAAAACGGGGCAAAUAAAGUUGUUUGCAUGGUUACACAUGCCAUAUUUUCAGGUAACGCAAUUGAAAAAUUGAAUAAUUCAAAAUUGGACAAAAUCGUGACUACUAAUUCCUUGCCUGUGGAAGACAAACUUGAGAAAUGUAGCAAACUAGAAAUAUUGGAUAUCAGCCCGACUUUAGCUGAAGCAAUUAGAAGAUUACAUAAUGGAGAAAGUGUUAGUUAUUUAUUUAAUAAUGUGCCAGAGUAA